UGAUCUCGUUAGAUGUUACCUUGCUUUUAACUUCCACUAAUCCACCAUCUCCACGAAGCGAAGACUUGGAUCCCUUCGACAUCAUGGAAUCGGCCCUGUUCGGGGCUGGUCAACUCAUUGAAGUUUAUUUUGACUGUGCGGAACGGGCGUCGUCCAACUGCCUAAUGGCUUGUCCAAUGAUCUGGAUGCCCCUCUGUGGAUCAGACGGACACACCUACAGCAACCAGUGUGAACUCACAGUCCAGAAUUGUCUCCAAAAAUCAAACGUAUUGAAAAUCCACGAGGGGCCGUGUGACCUGAAUACUCUCGGGUAAAAAGCAUCACAAGAUUGAUGUAAUGUUCAUAGUAUUUGAUGUACACCAUAAAGAAAAUCAUCAAAUUAAAAUAAACUGUUGUCGAAUUUUU